AUGCCUAUAGUCGAUGGAGAAAAGCCUGAGCUUAGUUCAUCAAUUUCAAAUAUUCCUGCUGUUUAUACAAAGAAAAGUGUAAAAACUGUUAUGAAUGUUGAUGACAACGGCAUGACACUACAAACAUCACCUUUGCCUUCCGGUGCAGAAGAAAUCAGUCAGAAACUAGCUGAUGUAUGGGAAGAAGUUCUGCAUGAAGAUGGUGGGACCAAUGAAAUCACCUGCGACAGCUCAAUACUGAAUGUCAUGUCUGAUCCGUCUGCUAAUGAUGUUUACAGCAAUCAACCCAGUACGUUUUCCUUGGAAGUGCCUUCUAGUUUCGAAAAUUCACCAUUAAUACAGCUUGAUGAGCUGUUAGAAGUUUCUGACCACAGAUCUACCCCGGUUAAUUUAGAACUGUCAGUGCUUACUCCUAUUCCGUCUCCUACUAAUGUGCAUUCGAUCUGCGAUAGCACAUUUUGCCCUAAUCAUGUAGACAGUUCCUCUGUAAUUUCUUCGUUGUCAUUUAGCAACACGAAUUCACCUGCUACUUCGCACUCAAACGAUCGCACCGUGACUCCUAAAACGACUAGAAAAUGA